UAUGCCCCGAUUUGUUUACACGGAGAUUAUAACAACAGCUGAGCCGAGAGUUGACAUUGAACUAUUACGUUACUUUGGACUUCUAAGUCGAUCUAGAUACAUCUGAAGUCAGCCAGCACAGUUUUGUAGGACGGACGGAAAUCAAGAUUUUUUUUACCUGGUACGAUGCCAGCUACAUAUUUAACAGGACCCACGAUGUAGAGGACAGAAGUAUUUAGGAGUUGCCAUGGCAGCCAAUAGGGAGUCCGGCGGGAUGACUCCGCAGAUGAUGAAGGCAUCUGGACUCAUUCCGAUGGAUUCCAACGGUUAUGAUGAUGGGGAGGCUGAGGAGGACGUUAUGGAACAAAAACUGGCGGAAAUUCAGGAGCAGAGUCUUGGACCUCUUAAGGAGGAUUUAGCUGAAUGGCUCGGCAAACAUUUAGGAAUGGAAGUCAAUGCAGACAAUUUUCUGGAUGUCCUUGACAAUGGUGUCUACUUGUGUCAAAUGGCCAAGAUCAUACAGAGGAAGGCGCAAGAGUGUGUUAUGGAUGGAUCAUACACAGAGCCCCUGCCAAACUACAAACUUCGUUGUAAAAAUAACGCACCAUCGGGGAGCUGGUUCGCACGCGACAAUACAGCAAACUUCUUAUCUUGGUGUAAAGAAUUUGGGAUGGCCGAUGAUCAGAUGUUUGAAACAGAAUAUCUAGUGUCUCACACGGCUGAGAAGUCAGUGGUAUUGUGCCUCCUAGAACUAGCAAGAAUAGGUUACAAAUUCGGUCUGGAGCCGCCUAGUCUCAUCAAGAUGGAGAAAGAGAUGGAGAGAUUGGAGGAGGAAGAACCACCCCCUCCCCGCCCUCCGCCUCCGAAGCCAAACAGUCUUGAUGAUGAGGUCAAAAGGAUAGCCUUCAUGUGUAAAUGCCACGAUCAUGUAAAAAAAAUCGGCGAGGGAAAAUAUCUCAUCUUCGGAAAAGUUGUUCAGAUCCGGUUCCUGAAGAAUCGUCACCUGAUGGUGAGAGUUGGCGGAGGCUGGGACACAUUAGAGCAUUAUCUUAUACAUCACAACCCCGUACAGGUGUUCGAGCACCGCAGACCCAACACCGCAAACGGCUCCCACGAUUCCACCAGCAAAUAUCUGUGUUUCAAAUCGAAGUACAAGUCGGAAUGAUAAUUCGGAAGGAGAUAACCGACUCCGCUCAAAAUUUCAGCAGAAUACCAUGAUUCUGGUGCUCAUCUUGACGUACAAGUUCGUUUGUUCAGAUGGUGAUUUUACUGAGGAAUUCAGACGAGGAUAAAAUUCUUCAUUUUUUGCCAGUCGUCUGUGCUUCCUCCCACACAAAAGUAAUAUGCAGGAUGCAAAUAUGGCCAGGCCAAAAGUAAACCUUCACAGCUCCGGAUUCUGCAUAGCUAUAUACUUGAUGAAUUUUACGGGUAAUCAAUGUGGCUCGUAUAUCAUCAAUUCUGACUUCAGACAUUCCAGUGAUGCAACUGACAUUGGGCAUAGAUGGGAGACCGAGAUACCUUUUACGACCCCCUAACUCCUGUAAUGAGAUUUCAGAGCAGUGCUACAGGAUACAUGCACGUCAGAAUGACACUUCUAAAUUAAGUCUUGGUCCAUCAAGACUAAUUAAAACAAUCACUCAAGUAAUUCUUUGAAAAAACUACAUGAGGCUUACUUUAAUAUCUUGUGACUUAAAGUAUUGAUGCCAAAUUGUAUCUUUUCUGUUGUGAUAAAACAAUCAGGUUUUCCGUCUUGGAGGGACAGUUUUUCUGUUGACAGAAUUAAAGUAUAUCUAUGGCUGCAUUUAUGCAUCAAGUUGAAAAAAUUAGGUUAUUUAACACAAAAUAAAAGUAAAUGGGAUUUUUAAUUUAAUUGAGACUGGCCUGACUGCAUGUUUCGGAAAUGGUAGAUUGAAUGGUCAGACUUUGUGUGAAGGAAAAUUAGGCUUAUUUUCUGUUAUGGUAGAAAGUAAGGCCAUUUUCUAUCUCUUGUUGUGAAAUUGAGUCCCAACUUUUCUCUUGUUACGGAGAUGAAGCAAAUUAUCUUUGUUAUGGGGCUAAUCUUUUCUCAUGUGGUUGAUGAUGAAGCUGAGGUUGGUGAUUUAAGGCAUGUAAUUGUUGAAAACUAUUUUUUUAUAUAUUGCAAUUUUGGUGCUCUUUCUUGUUAAAAUAUUUUUCUAAACAAUUGUUUUUUCAUCUAUUUAAGGAUAUCACUGAUGUUGCAGUUAAUUUGUAACAGUGUCUGUGAUUGGCUAAUUUUCUGUGAUAUGUUUUGUACAUAUAUGAUUUGUACUAGUUAACUUUUUGUUUCUUUUGUAAACAAUAUAAGAGAGGUAUCAACAAAAAUACUGAUUUGUGUUAAAUAUAUAACAGGGAGGCAAUCUGUCUCUGACUUUUGUUACAAGUGUUGUGAUUGGUCACUUAAUAAACCAAUAAGGGCCAUGUUCAGAAUCACAGAUGUUUCUGGCAUUUGCAAACUGUUGUUUAUAAAUGGACCAAUAGGAGUACUGCUCUCUACAGAUGAAGUCUUUGUUACAUGUAUUUUGAUUGGUCACUGUGUGAACCAAUAGAAACUGUUUUUUUUUUCAAAAACAAUUACAUGAGGGAAUUUAUAUCUCAGAUUUCUAAUGUGUAACUGUUCCAAGUAAGUGUUGGGUAUGAUUUCUUACUUUGUCAACCAAUGAGGGAUCGGCUUAAAACUAUAGUUACAAACAUUAUACAAUUUAUGAUAUACUGUAAUUGUAUACAUGCCAAUUUCAACUAUUUCACAGCCUUUGAACCAGAUUCCAUUUAUAAAAAAAAAAGUGUUUUAAAAACAAAAGUCUGUUUGAAGAAAGGAUCAUUUUUCAGAGCUAUUUCAGGCAAUUUCUCCUUUCACAAAUCCGUGUUCUUUUGAUCCAAAAGACAUAAUUGAAUUUGCUGUUAACAUCUUCUUUAACGUCAUGUGACACAACAUGACAUUGUAUGGUUGGUAUUACGUAAUAUCAUAUGAAUCCGUAAAUUAAUGGCAUUGAUUUGGGUUAAAAUUAAGAAUGAUCUGUUCUCUUGGAUCAGUCUGUUUUUAAAAAUGUUUUUAAAAUCUAUUUAAUAAAUAAAGUAACCAAAUUAGAAAUACAAACUUCGUAGUCUUGUGAAAGAUAAGAAGAUAUUCUAGGAAAUAUAUUUUGUAUAUUACAUGUAAGAUGUGAUCAAGAAUCUUUGUAUAAGUUUUGUUGGACAUGGUUGAUCUGUAGCAUAUUGUAUUGUAUUUAUGACACAAAAAUGUGGGAAGAGGGAAAGAAAUAAACAAAAUAUUUAUUUCCUAUUCAAGAUAUGAAAGUUUGAGGUGAAAAUGAAUUUAUCACUAUUUCUCAAGCGAAAAGUUUACAUUGUAUAUUGUAAUGUACUUUUCAUGUGUAAACAAUCAUAGGUACAGUAAGUUGCUAGAAGUCAUUAAAUACAAAUUAUAGAAAUUUCUCCAUGUACUUUUAUUAUACAAGAGGCAUUUCUAUAAAACUAUGUUUUGAUACUCUACAGUAAUUGUAUUUAAUUAUAGAUGUAGGGCACCUUCAAAUGAUGCUGAAGUUAUAGUCUGUAAAGUUUGCUGUGACUCCAGGUUCAUGAAAAUUCCAGGUUCAUGAAAACUCUAAGUUCAUGAACACUAUACGGUUCAUGAAAUUUCUUUGUUCAUGAACACUCCAGGUUGAUAGAAUUUCCUGGUUCAUGAAAACUCCAGGUUCAUGAUAUUUCCUGGUUCAUGAAAACUCCAGGUUUAUGAUAUUUCCUGGUUCAUGAAAACUCCAGGUUCAUGAUAUUUCUUGGUUCAUGAAAAAUUUAUGUUCAUGAAAUUUCCUGGUUCAUGAAAACUACUGGUUCACAAUAUUUGCUAGAUUCUAGGUUUGUCAUGAAUCAGUAAUCUCCAGGUUCACUAAGAUUUGGUUCACUAGGUUCCUGGUUCAGAAAUUAUAGGUUCCCAAAAUACUUUUUUUCUGUAUUUAAUCUUUUCUGUUAUAGUACUGCAGGAUUUAUCUCCCUUGAAUGGAAAUUUGAUUUACCUCUCUAUACAUACUGGGCUAUCCUAUUUUACAAUAGGUAAUGCAGGUCAUACCCAUAUCUACUUGUAUAUAGUAAAAAUAAAAGCAAACGGGGCCCUGGGAUCAUGAAACAGACUUAAGUCUAAGACUAAACUUAGACUUAAGACUGUUUCAUGAUCCUGGAGCCAGCUGUAUGUUACCUUUAAUUUAGUAUAAUCCACAGUAUUAGUAGUUUUAAGGUGACACUUUAGCUGACUUUUUAUUGAACCAAUGUAAAUUAGACAUGAUGUAAAAAAAAUCUUCAGACUCAUUCCGUGUACAUACUCAUGAUAUAAUUAUUUAUCAGAUAUGUAUUUCUAAACAUUUUUUGCUCAACAUUCAUUAAAUGACCAUACCGGUAGUACAUGUAUAAACCAUUUUUCAUUAUUCUGUUAUAUGCAUGUACGUGUAUGAUACAAAUGUCUUCAGAAAUCCAUACAUAUUUAUUAUCUAUAAAAAAUUAUCUUUGUUCCUACAAGAUGUUAUAUAUCAUAAAUGCAAAUUAAUUUCUUCUACUAUAAUAUCCGUCCUCUCUGGUUUUGAUAAGUUACAUAGCACAUGUAAGUUAUGUUUUUUUUUUCAGAAUUUUGUUGUCGUUAAAAUAUGAUUUUGUUAUCUAAAAUAGAUUCUCCUAUGUUAAUUUCAUGUGAAGGUUGUAAAUGGUAUUUAUUAUAAAAAAAUCCUGUAGUGAUGAAUUUUUAUGUAGAUUAUGAAUAUUUUCCGUCCGGAAUGUUUUUUCUGCUUUUUGUUUACAUAUAGGGCAAAAUUACAGAGAAAUAGUUAUUACAAUAUGUUAUGCAGUUAUAUAAGUUAAGGGUAUAUGCUACCUUGAAACAUUUUACCUCCAAUAUGUGUUGAGAUUUCCCCUUAGGAAUGAAUACAUGUCUGUAUUUGAGUUAUGUUCCUUGAAAAUUUUGUUUUUAUCACUAAUAUUCAAUAUGAAGAUCUAAUUGCCAUAUCACAUAUAUAUGUUUUGGUUAUCUCCCCUGAAGAUUUGUCUUUUUUUUUUUUUUUUUGAUUACUGAUAACAAUAUGAAUACCUGAUCACAUAUAUAUGUACAGUAUAUGCCUAAAUAAAUGUGUAGAGUUAUCUCCCUUCAAUAUUUCUUCUAUUUCUUAUAUAUAUCUAUAGAGAGAGAUAUGUGCCUUCUUAAUCUGUCCACAGUAAAAAAAAAGUAAAAAAAACAGUUGUAUAAGAAGUGAAAUUCUUCUAAGAAAGGAAAAACAAUUGAAAUAUCACAAUAAUUUGGCAUGUAUCUUUAUUUUUUUUAAUUGUUUGGUACAAACAAAAUGGCUAUUACACAAAGAUAACUUUGAAAACACACUGCACAUCUAGUCUAGAGCUUCAUUGACGGCAAUUUUCAAAUUAAUUAAAAUUUAUCUUUUAUAAAUCAGCAGAGUAAACAUUUUUUUUUUAAUUUUUGCUUUUGUAGUUAUGUUACUUGAAAUUACAAUGAAAUUGUUUCAUUUUUUUUUACACACGUGCACAUGUACUUUUUAAUUCAAAUUAACUCAUCUGCAUAACAUAUCCAAAUGUUAGUGUAUGACACAAAAUCAUCAAAAUAUUCUUUUGUUGUCUAUAAACACAACCUGGGAAUUAUGUCGGGAGAGAUAUUUACAAAAAUUAGGCUAUAUAGUAAAUGUCCAAAAUUCCAAAGAAAGAAAAUUGACUGAAAUCCCAGUUUCCAAGAUUUGAAUUUGAUCAAAAUUUCCUUAUAUCUACCACAAUGAAAAUGUCACCCAUUGUUGAACAUUAGAAUUAACUUAUAAGCAAUGGGCGACAUUCAAACAAUAUCAGAGAUAUAUAUAUCUGUAUAUAUGUCUCUGACAAUAUAUAUCAUUUAAUAUAUAAUCUGUAAAACACUUACAUAAUUACUGCUAAACUAUAUCUUGACAAAAAAUUCAUUUGAUUGAAAUUCUCUGACAUUUGCCAUGAAUUCAUACCCCUUUGCACACAAUUGCCAAUAUACAGAUGUUUAUUUAGAAUAAGUUUGGCGACAUAUGCAUGUUGUUGGGAGAAAAACUGGAUCUGGACAGACAUUCACAAGUUGGAAUCAUGUUGAUCAUUCAUCUUUUUCAUUCAUAAGGAAUAUUUCCAGUGUUAUGUUUUAUGAAAUAUAAUUAUCAUUCACAAAUUGAUGAAAAUAAAUCCACUGUCAAAA